UUUGAUAGUGGAACAUGGUCAGAUUCUCGGUCUGUUGUUUUCCAAGCUCGCCUUCGUCGCGGAGCUUCUGGAGCUCGGACCGCCAUAGCCAUAGAGCUCGCAGACCGAGAGUUUUCGACUGCUAGUUCAGGGGAGCGAUCGCUGGGGGGCUAUAUGCGGCGGGAUCUGGGCCGUUGAGGGGGGAACUGACACAGGCGCAGUAGGAUUGCAUGGUGCAGAAGGGAUCGGGUUGGAGGAGGAGCGGAAGACGAGGUAGAGUUUGGGGAGUUUGCAGAAAUAAAGUGGCAGAUCUUAGCAGAGUUAUGGUGGUGCAAGUUGAGAUCGUAGAUUCGUAGCGUGGGAGCGCCGCGGCUGUGAGGCUUGGUUCGAGGUGGUUUCGGAUUGGGGGCCGACGGAAGAAGGCGAUUGGGGAUGGCAUCGCAGCAGAGCAUCCGGAAGGCUCUGGGCGCGAUCAAGGAUUCCACCAAAGUUGGCCUUGCCAAGGUCAACAGCACGUACAAGGAACUUGACAUUGCAGUGGUAAAGGCAACGAAUCAUGUGGAGUGCCCUCCGAAAGAGAAACAUGUUCGAAUGAUCUUCUUGGCUACUUCUUCAUCAAGGCCUCGAGCAGAUGUAGCAUACUGCAUUCACGCCCUUGCGAGACGAAUUGCCAAGACUCACAAUUGGACGGUCGCACUGAAAUCUAUGAUGGUUAUCCACAGGACGUUGAGAGAAGGGGAUCCAACGUUCCGUGAAGAGCUGAUCAAUUACGGUCGUAACAGGGGUCACAUCCUGAAUCUUUCGAACUUCAAAGACGACUCGAGUCCGCAAGCUUGGGACUACUCCGCCUGGGUACGCACGUAUGCACUGUUUCUGGAGGAGCGUCUGGAAUGCUUUCGCGUUCUGAAGUACGAUGUCGAGUCCGAGCGUCCAACAGGGCAUAGUAGGACGAGGGAGUUGGACACGGUGGAGUUAUUGGAGCAUUUACCUGCUCUUCAACAGCUGCUAUUCAGGCUGAUGGGUUGUCAGCCUGAAGGAGCUGCGAUUAGCAACUACGUGAUCCAGGCAGCUCUGGGUCUGGUGAGCAUCUGAUGUGUUU